UUCUCAGCAUAUAGAAGCGGAGAACCUCAGUGUUUUGGUUUUACGUGCUUAGUAACCUCAGCAGCAUCCGUUGGUGUGUGACAAUACAGUUAACGAAUCAAUGGCAUAGAAUGAUUUGUGUUAUUUUGGAAUGGAGGAGGUGAAAGAUGACAAGACAUGCAAGGGGUUUGUAGACAGACUCACCCUCGGUAUUACUCGGGUUUUGGAGAACCUCCCAGGAGUGCUGGAUGUACAGUUCGUAGAGAAACCCCCUGCAGAAAAGCAAUGCCUUCUCUCCUGGGAGCAGAAAAACAACUGUGCUUUGCCGGAAGAUCUAAGAGAUUUCUAUCUCACAACAGAUGGCUUCAUGCUUUCCUGGAACACCAAGCUGGGAAAUGAAUUGGUUCCAGUGGGUUGCAUGAUGAUCAGCAGUGUUGCUCAAUUACGCCCCCUGAUUCAGUCAAAUGUAUAUUCCCUCCCCAAUGCGCCUACUUUAGCUGAUCUUAACUAUGAUGAUUUAGAGGAAUUGGAUGGCCUUGAAAAAACUCAUUUUGAUUCUUGUAGCCGCAUCUUUGAGCUGGACCCCUGCAAUGGUAAUGGCAAAGUUUGCCUUGUUUACAAGAAUUGCACUUCAGGUUUAAUGGUCCAACAGUGUGAGGUGUGGUUCUUGGACCGAUCACUUUUCUGGCACUAUCUCACCCCCUCCUUCACUGCCUACUACCGGCUUAUGAUCACUCAUCUGGGGCUGCCGGAGUGGCAGUAUAAUUUCACUCCGUAUGGCCCCAGCCCACAAGCUAAGCAAUGGGCCGCCCUCUACCAACCCCUAACUUUCCAUGGUGACUCUCAUUCUGAUACGGCCGGUGAACCUCUACUGAACAAACUGGACCCAGCCAAGGCGUUUCAUGGCAAGGCCAAGCCACCCACUCCCAGGAAGAAGCAGGCACCACAGGUCCCAGUGAGCGGCGUGAGCACAGCUAAAGCACAGGGGGUCUCAGGGAGACACAGUAUAACUAAACGAUGACCCCAGUGUCCCAACAAAUGCCUAUGGAAUGUUCUCAUAUAGGCAUGUUGAUUUUACUUCAUGCUUAUGCUUGGCAUUUAACCUCACACAAGCUGCUUAAUUGCAUCUGUUGAUGCUCACAAGUCUGUAAAUGUACACAAUAUUUAUUAAAGAUCAAAGAUGGAAUAA